AAUAAUAAAUUAUUGUUAUUAAGUGUGCCCAAUUACAUUGUAAGGCUGGGAAAUUAAUUUUCAAUGACAGAUCGUGUUUUGUUCCCCAUUUGAUAUCUAAUGUAACCAUUUAAUGGUUGAUACAAGGAUAAAGGCGCAAACAAAAGGCAUUCAUUUUUUGUCACCUUUUGACACCAUAGGAUUACAUUACAUGAAAACAAUCCGCACAAUGGACCCAUAAAGGGUUGGACAAAUCUACAGCACAAUGAGAUAUGGAUAUGAAACUUAAUACGCAUAUGUGACACAAUUGUUUGUUUGUAUUUAUAAACACACAACAAAAGGGCAAAUUUUUCAAUUGUACAAGUCUACAGGGUUUUAAUAGAAUAAGAGGUGUGAAUGAUGCAGUUUAUAUUUGUAUGCAUUUUUUAUAACAGCCAAUGCUGUGAGUUGAUAUCGUAGUAAACACUUUAUUCUAUGUGGACUAGUUGUUGAAAUAAGGUUCCAUUGUGCUUGAUUACCAGCUCUUGUGUAAAUAUAUAAGGAUGUGUAUUGAAUAGAAGGCAAGCAGUUGAGUUUCAUGGCUGUCAAUGAGACGUAUUAUUAGUAGAUACAACAAAACUUAAUGUGCGUCUUGGAUUACAACAAACGAGUGCAGUGAAAAGCUGAGAACUUGAGUAAAAUAUCACAUCUGAUUAGACGGAAUUAUCAAGCAGAGGGUAACUGGAACAAUGGAAAACAUACACAAGACAAGUGUGGCUUUAAUAGGUGCCGAGUUGCUGCCACCGAAACCCAAUGCUGUUGUCCCUAAUGUGACAAUUCACAAGCCUGUUGCCAAAAUAAUCCCCACAUUGGCAGCUACAAUGGUUGGGGAAGAGAGAGCAGGAGCUAUAAGCCGAGCAGGACAUCACCGCUGGCCUCAAGCUACAAUGAGAGUGAUGGGUGCAACAAAACGCCAGGUUUACAAUACAGAGUUGUUGACAGUUACAACAAGACAGAGAGAUAUGGACCUAUUAAAAAAAGGGAGUAAACACACUGAUGAGGACACUUCACCAACCAAGCCCAUAUUUCCAAAUAUUUCUGGAGGCCAAACACAGGAAACUGAAGGGAAGGGAAGAAACUCUCAAUCACCGCAGACAAGGUUAACAUCUCCAACAAAGUUCACGCAGUUUCCAAGGUUUCAGAGAGGUUCUACCACUGCCAAUGCAAAAUCAUUGGUAAAACAGGAGCAGCAAACUAAACUAAUACGGAAUAUCAAAUUUUGGAGAGGAACUACCCCAGCUACCAGAGAAAAUCAUCGAGAAUUGAAAGAAGUAUCAAACAAAGAACAUUUUGUAAAGACUGAACAACAAAAAGAAGACAGUUUUCAGUCCUGGACAGAGCAGGUUACUUCACUAGAAGAAAUAAGCAAGCAUAAAUACUUCAGUUGGCACAUGGCUUUGAGAGAGCGUCUUAUGAAGCACGAGAAGCUACAUUAUGAUGAGGCCGUCACUCGCAUUAAUAAGUACAGAGAAAGAUUGAGGAAAAGACCUGCGUUUCCAUCCAAUAGCAGUGAGAUACGAGUGUCUAAAGACAACCAGUUGAUAAGAAGCUUACUACAAGAUGGAAACAAGAAACAGGUGACAACAACAAUAACCUCGGGUGUCCGAAUGUCACCAUCUAAACAAUGGAGGCCAUAUAUUGGUUCUGAAGAAGGAGAAAAUGGGCAAAAAAAGCCACCAUUUUUUGGCAAGUCGGCAGCAACAGCCAAUGAAGCAGCGAAAAAGCAAUUUAAACAAACCAACAAUUUAACUUCGUCAAAGGGUGUACGAAAGUCAAGGUAUUCAACAAGCAGCAAAGAUGGCUCAAGUUACCCAAUCCAUGGAGAAGGUUUGCUGAAAUCAGAGCAAGAAAAUGUGCUGCCCAGUAUUGAUACAACCAGCCCAACAGAAGAAAAUAGUAACCAAAAGGUGGAGAAUGAGGUUGUUCAAAGUGAGGAUAUAGACGUGGAUGAAGACAAAGCUGAAACAAGAGCAUUAUUGGUUGACUUGAAACGACAUCUUAAAUCUGGCCAAGCGGGUGAUGGGAGUGAUGGAGGGAAGACGUUGGUUGAGAGGGGAAGCACUGCUCCUGUGAUGCAAACAAGGACUGGGAUGGGAGCAAAACUUCGUCUUCUUCUUCAGUCCAGCUCCCAAUCACCUAGAGAUCAUGGGAAUGAUGGAAGCCAGAAAAUUUCGACAGGAAAACGCAAAAGUCAGUCACAAAAUGGAAAAUUAAGACCAUUAACACGUCCACAUACUUAUGGAAGCGGUACACUCCCCAAGAUAACUAACCUUCCUGUGACAUCUUUGUGGAAAAAUCAUCAAACCAACGCAGAGCAUGUAAAGCAUAGGUUGACUUUGAAAGGAAUUGCAAACAGAGAAUCUUUUACUCCGGGAAUGAUCGGAGUAUCAAAGAAACACAUCAACAGCAGGGGAAGGCAGAGUGAUGAAAAUCAAAAGAUUAACGAACCAGAAAAUGAUGAGAAAAUUAACACUAAUAACAAGGCAAACGAAACUAGCCAAAAAACAGUUAAUGCUAAAGAAGUGAACUCAAGCCAAAAAGAAUCAGUCACUGCUGGAAAUGAAUCAUUUUCUAGGGGUUGGAAGCGUGGUGUUGUUGCACAUAAGCUACACACACCUGUUUCUCAACAGCAGCAGAAACCAAUAGCUACCAGCGCAUUACUUGCCAAGUCAUAUCGUUACGACAUAAGAGAGAACCCGCAACAUAUGGACCUGAAACUUGUUACAAGCCAUCCCAACCAACCUUCUGCAACACCUGACCAUGAUACUUCAAAACAUAGAAUCAAAGGGAAGAAGAAGACAGUAGCACAGCAUAAAGUGCUUUGUGUAGCAGUAGUUGAACCACCAUUGACAGAAAGGGAACGACACAGGAGACAGCAGGAAUUGGAGAGAAGUAGCAAAAGGUUGACAUUUAACCCAACUCAUGCAGCAGUAUCCAGUUUCACAGCGGCCAUCUUGAACAGUGAACUGGCAUUGAGGGCACCUUCCAGCAGUCCAGUUGACAUGGUAUACAGACAUUAUAACCCAAUACCUAAUGAGCAACCAACAACCGCAGAUUUAUGGACAAUGAGAAAAGCUGCUGUGGAACAGUUGCAAAAUCUCCCUGAAGACCAAGCACCACUGGUGGAAGCUCUCCUGCAAAACCACAACGAGCAGUUGCUCAUCAACUCCACUGACGGUUUGUAUCCCCCUAUGGCCGGGGGCGAGCAAGAUAAUAGUAUGAUUGACAGUUUAUUUGAGAGUAUUAACAAGCAGCACCCCACCGCACCAAAAGUGAAGGAUCUGGUCGAUCUGCAGAGACUCUACCAUGUAAUGAAGAAGCAUGGGGAGGCAUACACCAACAAUGGAACGGGGUACGUGUACAGCAGCUCUCCUACAAAGAUGGGGAGUGGUCCUGAUGUGAUAGGUCGUAGUCAAGUCAUGAAACAACACGUGUACCAGCAAAACUUGCACAAAACACCAUUCUACUAUUACCCAUACAAUAAUGGGGACAAAGAUGGAGGAGCACCGUUGUAUCUUGUUACUGGUGUUAAUUCCUUGGUUGCAAAACGCAAACAUUCAAGAACACAGAAGUCAAGACAUCAGGCAAACAAGAAACAAAGGGCUGAGAAACCACAGAUGCCGGUUCCACCUCUCGUUGCACCUUUCCAUCAUGUUCUUAAGUAUGAGCAAAAACCAAGCGAGAUUUAUCAAAGGAAGAAUCUGAACAAAGAACCCUACACCAACCGAAUGGUGCCAACAAACAGAAUAACAGUGAUGAUGCCUAAAACGUCUGGUCUAAUGAAUGCCACAAUUCCAAUGACACACUUGGAGCAAAUAAAUGAGCAUGGUGUGCAGUAAUACAAUAAAAAAUUGGUUAAACAUGCAAAAAAUUAGUACAAUCAUGAUUUCUUUUCAUUGCAUUUGCAGAACUUGUUUUACAUUACAUGUGCAUGUACAUACAAAUUUAUUGUUCUUUAUAUCGUAAUUUUUGGGACUCCCAAAUAAAAAAAAACAUUACUUUUACUACC